AUCAUUACAUGAAUAAUGAUUUUUCAUUCUAAAACACGUCUGGCUGUGAGGAGAACAUGGAGGGCAUUUAUGAUGAGCUUCCAUUCAUCUGCAGUUAGUGCAUCUCCCAGUUCUGGUUCUUUUGAUAAAUCCAAAGAAGUCUCCUCUGUUUCUACUGAACCCCCCCCACACACACCUGUCAUGCUUAAAGAGGUGCUGCAUUACUUGGACAUCCAUCCAGCUCAGGUGGUCCUGGAUAUGACAUUUGGAGGUGGUGGCCAUACCAAAGAAAUUCUGAGCACGGUUCCUGAAGUCACAGUCCUGGCCUUGGACCGAGAUCCUACAGCAUUUUCUCUGGCCCAGCAGUUGGCCAAGGAACACUCUGGUCGUGUGAAACCAUUGCUUGGCCGGUUCAGUGAGCUUCAAGCCCUGCUGUCUAACAUGGACAUUAAGCCAGGCAGCAUUGAUGCCGUCCUGCUGGACGCUGGCUGCUCCUCCAUGCAGCUGGAUCAGGCGGAGAGAGGUUUCUCCCUCAGCAAGGACGGUCCCUUGGACAUGAGAAUGGAUGGAGAGAGGUACACUGACAUGCCCUGCGCUGCUGACGUUGUGAACACCUUAGAUCAACAAGCUCUUGCAUCUAUCCUCACUACAUACGGAGAGGAAAGGCACGCCAGGAAAAUAGCUUCUGCCAUUGUGGAGGCGCGCCGUGUCAGCCCCAUCACCCGGACACAGCAGCUGGCCACCGUGGUCGCAGGAGCGUUUCCUGCCUUUGUCACGUACGCACGUAAAGACCAACUUCGCCGACCGGCACACGUGGCGACCAAAACCUUCCAAGCGUUGAGAAUCUUUGUGAACGAUGAGCUGAACGAACUGCACGCAGCGCUGCGUGCGGCCCAGGAAGCACUGAGACCCGGUGGACGUCUCUGUGUGAUCACGUUUCACUCUUUAGAGGACAGACUGGUCAAACGGUUCCUGCAGGGAGGUGACUUGUCUGAUCUGAAUCAGUUCCACUUCAGCCCAAAGAAAAAGGGCAGCAGGAAGGAAAAUCGGGUGAAGGAGAAACAAGAUUUUAAAAGUGCCUACUGGCUUCUUGUGCGAAAAAAAGUGAUCACUCCUGAAAAAGAUGAGGUGAGAGACAAUCCUCGAGGACGCUCCGCCAAACUGAGGACAGCACUCCGAAUUUAACUGUGCAACUUUAAAUAUUAGAGAUGAUCAUUGAUGUUCUUGUUCUCAAUAUAUCUGUAUUAUUUUGUACAAAUACAUUGCACAGUUCAGAACUAAAUGCAUAUGAGCAGGGAUUCUACAGUUUUUCAACCAUAGCAAAGAAAUGAGUGACUCCUAAUUGUUGGUUGAGAACAUUUUUCAGAGUCAGAGUUUCUUUAUUGUCAUUCGCACCUCAUGUGGUACAUGUGGUGGAG